UUGUAAUCUUUGAUGUUCAAACUAUAAUGAAUAUACUGUAUUACGUAUAUACUUCAUAGGUUUCGUAAAGGUAUGGAAACACUAGGUGUGUUAAUAGCGGCAAUGCAGAGCCAACCAAUGUGCUGCCAAGAGGCAUUCAUAGCUGCCCCGGAUCCUAAGCUAACUGCUGCCAAAAUCAGAACGCUUUUUAAAACAAACUUUAGUGCCAUUGGAAGCAACUGGCGAGCAAAGGAGGACAGAACGGCAGUAUUCUGGCUUGACUACCUGAUGGAUGCAGAAGAAAAUGAAGCACAGUGUAGCUGUCAAAACGUUCUUGAAUUUGCAAGUGGGGCAACAGACAUACCAAUAACUGGCUUCGACGAUAAGCCAGAGCUGGAGUUUCUAAGGGACGACAGUAGAUUCCCAACCGCCAACACGUGUAGCAUUAUUUUUCGAUUACCAACAAAACAUGAAACCUAUGACAACUUUAAGGAGGCAGUGGAUUUCGGGAUAUUGAACACCCAGUCGUUUGGAAUGGCAUGA